AUGCCUUCCGGAAGCUGCUUCUGCGGAAACAUCAAGGUCGAAUAUACCGGCGACCCAGCCAUGACGGCCCUAUGCCACUGUGCCGACUGCCGCAAGAUCUCCGGCGGCCUAUACAGCUACAACAUUGUGGUGCCCAGCUCCAACUUUACAGUCUCCGACGGCACGCCCAAGGAGAUUUCCAAGACCGCCGACUCGGGCAAGACGAUUAUCAAUGGGUUCUGUCCCGAAUGUGGAACAACACUCUAUCGAUACGGCGACUCGUUCGGCGGCAAGGACGGGAUGCGAAUCAUCAAAGCCGGGAUCCUGGACGACGUGGGGGUCAUCAAUUCCAACAAACCGGGCGUCGAGCUAUUUGCGCCGGAGCGGGUGAAGUGGGUUGCAAGUGUUGAUGGGGCGGCUCAGAAGGAGGCCAUGUAG